AUGGUAGAUGAGGGUCACAUAAAAUCAGAAGUGAUAUGGCCCCUGGAGGAAAUGUUGGGUGAUGAUUUGAUUUCAGUGAUAUAUAGUCAUACAUAUAUUGAUGCAUCGCAUACUGGAUAUGCAUCACAGCCUAUAGCGACCGACAGUAUUGUGUAUAAAUACUUGGUACUCCCUGCUAAUACAUAUAACACCAAAAAAUAAAAACAACAUAUACAGAACAGUGUCCCAAGAUUAGUUUUACAUUGUCUCCUUCCCCUCCUUUUUUUCUCCAUGGAGAAGGCUCUAGUUCUGAUUGUUGGAGCAGGUCCAUCCGGUCUCGCAACAGCAGCAUGUCUUAGCCAGCUCUCCAUACCGUAUAUCAUCGUCGAGCGUGAGGGUUGUACCGCAUCGCUGUGGCGUAAUCACACAUAUGAUCGCCUCAAGCUUCACCUUGCCAAGGAGUACUGCGAGAUGCCCCACAUGCCAUAUCCUGAGUCUACGCCGACCUACGUCCCCAAAAUUCAGUUUCUGAGGUAUGUGGAUGAUUAUGUGGAGCACUUCAACAUUUGCCCCAGGUUUAACUCAUCUGUUGAGUCCUGCUUGUAUGAUGAAGUGAAAAAAUACUGGGUUGUCACCACACAUGACCAAGUGAAUGGCAUGGUGACCAAAUAUGCAGCUAGGUUCUUAGUUGUAGCGACUGGUGAGAAUAGUGCAGGGAACAUUCCUAGUAUCCCUGGACUAGAGGAUUUCUCUGGCCAUGUCAUGCACUCAUCAAACUUUAGGUCAGCAAUUUCUUAUGUUGGGCAAAGGGUGCUUGUUGUUGGAUGUGGGAACUCUGGCAUGGAGAUUGCUUAUGACCUUUCAAGCCAUGGAGCAAAUACCUCCAUAGUCAUCCGCAGCCCUCUGCAUGUUAUGACAAAGGAGCUGAUUCACCUGGGGAUGAAACUUGCAAGCUGGCGCCUCCCAGUGAAAUUUGUAGAUUUUGUUCUUGUGGUUCUUGCAUAUCUCUGGUUUGGUAAUCUCUCAAACUAUGGCAUUGUGAGGCCAAAUAUGGGGCCACUGCUUCUUAAGGCAAAGACUGGACGGUCUGCAGUCAUAGAUGUUGGCACCACUGAGCUAAUAAGGAAAGGGGAUAUCAAGGUAUUUGGUCCAAUAUCUUGCAUCAAGGGGAAUGUUGUUGAAUUUAAUGAUGGGAAAGAGAGUUACUUUGAUGCUAUCGUUUUUGCUACAGGUUACACAAGCACUGCAAACAAAUGGCUUAAGCAUGGUGAGGGUAUGAUGAACAAUGAAGGCAUGCCGAAGAAGGACUUCCCAAAUCAUUGGAAAGGUUCAAAUGGACUCUACUGUGUGGGGUUUGCAAGGAAAGGAUUGUCUGGUAUUUCUCAUGACGCCAAAAACGUUGCUAAUGACAUCAAGGCCUUCCUAGAUUCGAUGGCACCAUUCUAA